CUCUUCUGACGUCUCCUCCUCCUGACAACCGUUGACUGACGCCCUUUCCACCUACUUGUCUAUCUUUCACCUGUCUGUUGUUUCGUUGAGGCGGCACGCUGCGCAUCGACUUCAUCGCAUUCACCGACCUGCAGAUAUCUGAACAGUCACCUCCAAGUCAACCGGUUCUCUUCACGACAUGGGCGGUGCAUAGGCCUGACUCUUGGUCUGUGAGUCAACCUUGUUUCGCAUCCUGACUGUCAUUGCGCGGGAAGCAACUUGACUCAGUCAUAUCUGAGCAUGAAUCUAUUUAGCCAGGUUGGACAUUGAACCAACCGUGGCAAAGCUCUGGCCUCCAAUGAUGGAACAAGAAUUCAACUAUACUCUGCCGUCGCCCACCGACACUCCCUACCGCACUCCUUCAAGUUCUCAAUCACUUCGUUCGCGGCGAUACGACGACAUGUCACCGUCGUCUACACCCCCUCCGAUGCCAGAGGACAGGGAUCGGGAACGGGCAAGCAAGCGAAGAAGUCAAGAUUCUGACAACCCCGCGCUGGAUGACACCAUCUCACCGCUUGAUCCUAGGAGAUUUACUCCUACCCUCCAUGCCUCUCUGGUGUCGGAAAUCCUCUCCUUGAGGAGGGAUCUGGAAAGCCGUACCGAUGAUAUUGAUAAACUGGAAAUCAGUUUGCACAAUGCACAAACCCAAAAUGAACUCUUGAACAACAGCAUUCUCCAGGCAAACAAGGAAAAUCGUUCCAUCAAAAGGCAAAUGCAACUGCUAGAAGGUGGCACCCUUUCUGCGCUCACUGACCUUGCUAAAGAGCGAGAUGAGGCUUUCAAUGAUGUUUCAGACCUUCGCAAACGCCUGGACCAAAGCCAGAGGAAGAUGAAGAGCCAGGAAGAGGCUGUCGAGAGAAUCCAAGCAUCAUGGGACAAAGACAGAGAGACCUGGCUUGCCGAACGGCGUGGUCUCGACACUAAAGUCCAUAUUGCAGAAGGCCGACUGAGAGUUGUGCUGAGUGAAGUUGCCAAUUCCCACAACCAACAUCAACACCAACCUCCCCCAGGCUCUCCUACCGAGCGAACAUGCAACAGUCGAAACAGCAUCAUGGAGAGUCCGAGCAAGGCGUCCAUUCUCACACGAAGAGGCCGCAGGCACAGCGCCAAUUCGGUCAACAGUGAAGUCCAUGGCGGCCGCGUGUCGGUUCUGAGCUUUCACAAUGGUGUCUCAACCAACCUUGCAGAUGAAUUGGCCUUUGACGAGCUUGAAGAGGACAUGGCACAUGCAGAUGAGCCUGAAGACGGUAGACUGUCGCCAGAUGCCUUGCCUGAAGAACAUGUCCGGUCAGCCUCAAGUCUCUCUAUCAAAGCUCGAAAAGUCUUGGGACUACCUUUGGACUUUGGAGAGCCAGAGCGCAACGAAAGUCCAGACCGCGAUCGGUACCGCUCAAGCGUGAGAUAUGUGGACACUGCGAUCCAGUUCUCUCCACCCCCUUCACCAUGGCCCGUCCUAGAUUCCGACAAGAAAACCCAUGGUCAACGGCCAACUGAGAUUCAAACCGCAGCAUCCAGGCAGGCUGCCGUGAGCCCUGGUCCAGAAAGCCCUGUCGAAGAUGUUGAUUUCCGGUGGUCGAUGCAGCGACCUGUCAUGGUUUCUUCUUCCUGUCAAACGGUAGAAGCUUUGCCCAGUCCUCCAUUGACACCGGAGAAGCACGAAAGCGUGUUGGCCACCAUUCCCGAGAGUAUGCUAGAAAUUAAUGAGACCAGCACCGUCGGAACUCAGACCGACUUGGCUCCCCCUCUCAUUGAGAAGAUUGGCCACAAGCAUACCGGCAGCGACGAAACUUUGGAUUUGAGGGUACCCCUGAUCGCAAUCAUACCGCCUGCUUCUCGACCUGCCACACCUGAAACUAAUGUCGUGUUACCACCGAGAACCAGAAAUGCAGCUAUCCAAGUUAUCGUUCAAUCGCUUUCAGGAUAUUCGUCCGCUUCAGUGCAGACAGAGGAGAUUCGUGUCGAUAAAAGGGCAAUUGUCCCACUCUCUGACAUGCCACCAGCUCCCCUGUCGAACCUUUUCCGACCACCAAUGUCAUCCAGGGCUGUUCCACCCCCAAUUGCGCGCGCAAAGACAUCACCCAUCAACUCCAUGUUCAAUUCAAGGCGCUCGCUCCCUGGGCCAUCGAAGCAACCCCCCUUGAACGACACUGGACCUCUUGCAAAGGACUUUGCAUCUAACGUGCCCCGGCCUGUUAGGGCUAGUAGCCUGUUUGCCGGCUUUGACAACGAUGCUGAGAAUCAUGACGAUAUCUUUGAUGAGGAAUUGUUCCAAGAUGACGACAUAUUCAGCCGGCCCACAGCCAAGUUUGUCCUCCGAUCCGGCAGAAUGGUGUCCCACGACCCUCUGGUGGAAGACGUUGGCCAAAGAACAGCGGCUAGUGCAGGCGAAGCCGCAGCCUUGGACAAUCUUCGAUUAUCGGAAGACAAUUUGCCACCAGAAAUGAGAUCUAUUUUGUAUCAAUCGCGUAUGCAACCGCGAGGGCCUCAGUCACGCCCCAACAUCUCUUCGAAACUGAAACGCGUUCCUUCUACCAAAGGAGGCAACAUGAGGCGCGCGGCCAUGAUAUCCAGUGGCGCGGCAGCUCACCACUCCUCCCACUCGCAAUCUACCACCGCCUCACAUGACAGCACCAAUCCUCCACCCUUCCCUGUUCCGUUGAGAUACAGCUCCGCCAGGGUGGGCAAGUCCAUCAGUGAAGGAGGAAGAAGCUCUCCGGGUAGCAGAGAUGCUUCACCGACGAAGCGUCCACGGCACAAAGCCAUGAAGCCAUUUUUGCGAAAAGCGAGAUCUGGGCCUGCCAUAUCACCCCAUUCUCAAUCCCGUCGCGCUCGCAGUCGUUCACCGCCCUCCGACCCUCGUGUUUCUAUCGUGCCGGAUAUGCCCAGCUUUCAGAUGCCUUCGACGGUCCCACUUUCAUUCUUGUCCGAGCCCUACAGUCAACAGCAAGAAGCAAGUGCUCCUCGCCCGUCAGUGGCUACCGGUCCUAGCCGCAGAGGGACACAUGCCAAGACCAAUUCUGACACAGUUUCGAUGCAACAAACUUCAGUGGUUGAUUCGAUUGCUCAGACCAUGGUGGGCGAGUGGAUGUAUAAAUAUGUUAGAAGACGAAAGUCGUUCGGAGUGACGGACAAGGCAGACUGGGAUGCGAACAAGAGCGUGGAAGAAAUUUCUCAAAGCGUCACUAACAACGGAGUGCGACAUAAGCGAUGGGUGUGGCUGGCUCCGUACGAGAGAGCAGUCAUGUGGAGUAGCCGACAGCCAACCUCAGGGACAGCAUUGAUGGGCAAAAGUGGGCGAAAAUUGACAAUCAAAUCAGUGCUUGAUGUGAAAGACGAUAAUCCUAUGGCCAAAGGAACCAUAACAGGGCCACAGUUUAAUCGAUCUAUUCUUAUCUUGACACCACAGCGCGCUCUCAAGUUCACUGCCACCUCGCAGGAACGACAUUAUGUCUGGUUGACCGCGCUGUCAUUCUUGUCACAUUCACCUCUCAAUGUCAACGAGCUCACAGCUGUCCCUCCUCCGCCCCCACCGGACCACGAAAGCAUUGCACCUACCGCGUCUCUUGCUGGCUCUUUCCGCCGCCGACCAAUUCGUGAUUCAAUCCGAGUGGCAAAGAACGCAGUCAGGACAGGCACAGGAUCUGGCAACAGAUCUUUCACGACAGACGGGUCCCUUCCGGUGCAGGAUUCGAGGCCACCAACACGAGAUUUCUACGAUCCUACAACGGAUCCAGCGCUCCCACCCACGAUUCCUCGACAUGCUCGAAAGAGGAGCAACACAGCUCCUCGGGCACCCCCGAGCUCAUUCCGAAGUUUUUCCGCCAAAGAGGCCACUCCCAGCUUGCCGGGCCCGGGAUCGACGUACUCACACAGUAUACAAUCCACGGCGGUGUACUCUUCUGAUCGAGGAGGAUUUUAUACUCCUAGUCUGGGGAUGCAGAGCAUCGUUAGUAGUAGAAGGGGCAGUGAAGCGAGUGCUUCGGGCAGACCACCACUGCCGUCGAUCUUGCUUGACAACCAGGCAGCGACCAUGAGAAUGGACGCUUUUAUUGAAGGAAAGCGAUCGACAUCAUCAAGCAGACCUUCGUUCAACAUGAUGCGAGGUCAAUCGAAAAGAAAAGACAUGGGGUAUUGGGGAUUUGAGCAAGGUAGAGAGAGUAUCAGUCCGGUAGACUCUCUUCUACACAGCGAAAUGAUGGCAGCAUCCUCGACUAGAGGAAGCAAUGAGUCGAGAGACCCAUGGCGGGGAUUCUGAGAUUUCGUCGUUGGCACAAUUUGAGCUUUGAUUUGUACAUGGCGCAACAGGAAUGGAUGCGGAGUCGAAUUUUGGGCAAAGUUGGCAGACGACAGACUUACGAUCGAUGAGGGUAACGGAUACCAGCGAUUCUUCGAUCGGAUCGAACGGCGUCGGCAAAAGACGCUUUUUCGUCACCCGACACUGAUUACGGCGUUUGUGAUUGAAGGAACAGGAUGGUGUUUUCCUGGUUCCGAGACAAGUUUCGGCGAGGAUGGAAGGGGAAAUCUGAUAAACCAACCAUUCUCUUUGAACUGGCACGGCUACAACAGAAAAAGACCACAGAUGACGAAAGGUCUGGCCCGAGCCUGGGAGGAGUCUGCGAUUGGUUAUUUUACUGUACUGUGUAUAUAUAAUCUCUGGCCAGUUCAUAUACCCCAUUUUGUUCUGUCAAGCAAAUGAGACAGUUGAGCGAUUGUACCAAAGCAUGG